AUGGCAACCCGGAGCCCAAGCUGUCAAUCUCCUGCGGGAAACAGCUGUGGAAGGGCCGGGGAUGGGCCGCUGGCGAGAAAGUUGGCGGGGCCCCCUGGUGGCGGCCGCGGGGGACUGCACGGACCGGACCCCGGCUCCGGCGCGCCCCGCGUGCGGCCCCCGCCGUCCGACCGGCCUCGGGGGCGGCGGAGAGGCCGCCACAGCUUCCCCCGGCGCUCGGCCGCCCGCCCGCCCGCCCGCCCGGCGCCGCGCCCCCCGCUCCUGGGCUCCGCGCGGGGCGCAGUGGGCCCGCAGCGGCGUCCGUCCGCCGGGCUGGCGCGGCGGCGCGCGCAGGGGCCUGCGGGCGCCCGGACGCCCGGUGGCGGCGCGGCCCGGAGCGCGGUUAUUUUUAAGCCGGCGGCGGGGGCGGGCUCAGGAAUUCAGUCAACAAAGUUGUUGGCACCUCGGGCUGCGGCGGGCACCGCGGGGCCGCAGCCCGCGACCUGCGUGCCCAGGGCCCGUCGCGGGUCACCGUGCGGUCGGGGCGCGCGGCGCCGGCCACGGGCUCCCGGCUCCCCGGAGAGGCCCGGCCCGCUGCCGCCCUCCGGGUCGGCCUUGCGGGGUGGGCCCGGCGGCCGGCCGCCCUCCGCUCACCCCGCCGGCCGGCCGCCCGUCCAGCGCGCCGGGGAGACACCGCUGACCCCCCGGGGCCGCGGGGCCUGCGCCCCCCCCCCCCACCCCGCGCGCUUCCCCCCGCGGGGUUACAGCUGCCGGUGCCCGCGGUGGCUCCUCCCGCCCUCCUGA